UAGAAGUAUCAAUCUGAGAGGUGAAGUUAGAAAGGGAGAUGGAAGGAAAAGAAAGUGAAGUUGUGUUGAUUGGGACAUGGUUAAGCCCCUUCUCCAAGAGGGUUGAAUUGGCCCUCAAGCUUAAGGGCAUACCAUUUGAGUUCGUAGAAGAAGACAUUGAAAACAAGAGCGAACUGCUCCUCCGCCACAACCCCGUCCACAAGAGGUGCCAGUGCUGCUACACAAAGGGAAGGCCAUCGCUGACGCAGACUAUCAUGCCUAUUGUCUUCUCCGAAGGGAAGGAGCGAGAAAAGGCCAUUGAAGACUUCCAACAACAGCUCAAGGUGUUUGAAGAGGGAAUCGAAAGGGAUUUUCCAGGAAAAUCUCCUUUCCUCAACGGGGGAAACUUGAGAUUGCUUGAUUUGGUCGUAGGCGCCAAUGCUUGCCACCAUCAGGCAUUUCAUGAUGCAGUUGCUGUGAUUAUUGAGGCAGCGAAAAACCCAUUGUUUUUCUAAUGGCUGAUGGCUCUGAAGGACCAUCCUCUGAUCAAGGAGACUCUGCCUCUCAGUGACAAGCUAGCACCCCUGAUCAAAGAGAAGUACCAGCAGCCACCAUAUAACGAACGAGUUGCUGCAAUAAGAGAGAAGUAUCUCC